CCUUGAACCCUCUCCAGUCUCCAUAUUCAUGCACCCCUCCCUCUCUCUCUUCCACUAUAUCUAUAUAUCUCUCUCUUUCUCUUCAAAUCCUCUAUCCGUUUUGCUCUCUCUCUCUCUCCAAUUUCUCUCUCUCUCUCAUCUGAAGAUUAAUAGUCUCGCCUUCUGUCCUAUUCAUCUCUUCUUCGUCCUAAUUACGUCCGCCCAUGGAAACUUUUCAAAGGUGUUCGUCGAAUGCGACAUCUUCUUCGUCUGACUCGUCGUCGUCGGACUGUACUCAGACGGUUCGGGGCGGGAAUAGACCGGAGAGGAUAAAGGGUCCGUGGAGCGCGGAGGAGGACAAGAUCCUGACCAGGCUCGUGGAGCGGUACGGGCCCCGGAACUGGUCUCUGAUUAGCAAGCACAUCAAGGGGAGGUCGGGCAAGUCUUGCCGGCUGCGGUGGUGCAACCAGCUGAGCCCCGCUGUGCAGCACCGCCCGUUUUCCCUGGCGGAGGACGAGAUCAUCUUGGCCACCCAUGCCAAGUACGGCAACCGCUGGGCCACUAUUGCCCGGAUGCUCCCGGGUCGGACCGACAAUGCGGUCAAGAACCACUGGAACUCCACGCUGAAGAGAAGGUACCAGCAGCAACAGCAGGGGGAGAGAAUAAUGGACGGAGGAGAUUUGAUCGGCAGUUCACCGGGAUCUGGGUCGGUGGUGGUGAAUGCGGAGAGUGAGGAGUCCGAUCCAAUGACGACUCUAUCGCUGGCGCCGCCGGGCGCAGGGGGAGCUAGGGUGGGGGAACGGCGGCCGGAGGGUGUGCCGGCGGGGUUCUGGGACGCCAUGAGGGAGGUGAUAGCGAGGGAGGUGAAGGAGUAUGUGACGUCGUCGUUUCAAGUCAAUAAUAAUAGAUGAUAUAUAUAUAUAUAUGAUGAUGAUGAUGAUGAUGAUGAUGAUGAAGGUGUUUCGCUGGUUUUGAAAGUUAAUCCCGCGUGGGCGUGGGGUUGGAUGAGUCUGUCGUUAAAAAUGUAAAUUGAAUCGUCGUUUUCUUCCUCCCUCUUUGAGGAUAAGUAUUCACUAUAAAAUUGUCAACAAGGCCACACACCUCUGUCUUGUCCUCAUCGUUAAAUCUCUCAACAAUUCCAAUCAGAAUUUUUUUUAUUUAUUUAUAAUAUGCAGAGAGAGUUUAUUAUUUAA